AUGAAAAAUCCAGCUAAAGAACCUGUCAUAAUGAUUUAGUAAACUAUUUCUUAGCAAGAUAUACCUGUAACUUAGAUUCUAAAGGAAAUGAUAAACCAUAAAAAUCUUAACAAUUAUAGUAAAAGAGUUAUCAUUAAAAUAAUCAAAGAUAAAGUUAUCUUAGUCUUCGUUUAUAGGUUACAACCCUGA